GUCUUGCGAAUGGCCCCACUACCGGGGGCAGAGCUGGUCCAGAGGCCGCUGCAGCUCUACCGCUACUUGCUGCGCUGUUGCCGGCAGCUGCCAACCAAGGGCAUCCAGGAGCAUUACAAACAUGCUGUCAGGCAGAGCUUCCAGGUUCAUUCGGAUGAAGACAACCCUGAGAGAAUCCAGCAGAUCAUUAAGCGAGCCAUUGAAGAUGCCGAUUGGAUCAUGAGCAAAUAUAAAAAACAAAACUGAGAACCCAGGGCCCAGUGAGUAAAGCCGUCCUAAAGACAUUUGAAGUUGGGAGAUCUCCCUUCCGGAACUCAACAGCAGCAGUUCUGGAAUAUUCAUCAGCCUUGUUGGCCGAAAGAGCAAGAAAUCCGGGGAGGGAGAAGCUGCCGUUUGCUCAGACGAUUCUUGUUGCCACAGUCAUGUUUCCAGCGUCCUUUAUGUUUGCUCUUCCAGCCACUCACGAUGUGAAACUUGGAGAGAAUAUGGUGUUUUUUUGUUUUUUUUCCGUGUUUUUUAUUUUUGUUUUUUUG